ACUAUGUAACAAUACAUCUUUUGAAUUCCAUGCCAUUACUACAAUGCAACCCACAAAAUUACAUGUUGUUGUCAUCUAUCGCCCCCCAGGUCAGCUGACAAGCUUUCUUGAGGAAUUGGAUGUCCUGCUGUCCUCCUUGCCAGAGGAUGGCAGGCCACUUGUGGUUCUUGGUGAUUUCAACAUACACCAAGACAAACCCCAGGCCAUUGAACUGAAUACUCUUCUGGCCUCAUUUGACUUGGAAAGACUACACACCACAGCAACUCACAGACCAGCACGGACUACACCACCCAGCCCCUGGCUGUCUGACGUCCUUCGUGAACAUCGGACUGAUCUCAGGGCAGCUGAGAGGAGAUGGCGGAAAUCUAAAGAUCCAGCUGAUCUAGGUAAAUAUCAGCUUCUGCUUGCAACUUUUUCAAAUAACGUUAAAACUGCAAAAACUUCAUAUUACCAGACCAAGAUCAACAGCACCACAGACACUCGUAGCUUGUUUAGAACAUUUAACACACUUCUCUGCCCUCCCCCUCCACCACCUGACACAUCACUGACAGCAGAUAUAUUCGCCACAUUUUUUACUGAUAAGGUUACAGCCAUCAGCAAUACAUUCACAGUUAACGUCUCUUUCGGGGCUAGCGAGCAGGAUGCCACCUUCGGGUCUGCCCGCCAGUCUGAGGCGAUGCAGAGCUGA